CUUUGGCUGUGUGCCACCUCUAUGUACAGAUUGCUUGUGAUGAUGAUGAUGAAUUUGCGUGUGAUACGUUUAAUGCACCUCAGUUAAAUUAAAGUAAACACGUGUCUCUGGGGACCAGGGCUGCGGUGGGAAGCCCCAUGACGGGGUUAAAGGUACAGGAGCGUGGGUCAGCUGAUGCGUAGCGUCACGUAGUGAGCGCUGGUGGGGCGGGAGGAGGCUGGUCCUCUCUCUGAGCUCCCGGCUGCAGCUUCCUGCCCGCUGCUGCUGCUGCUGCGGACAAACUGCUGAUUGUCAUCACCGAUCAUGUCCCUCGCUCUCCGUCUGGCCCUGACGGCAGGAAGUUAGCCUCGUUCCCUCCUGACAGCCCCAUCCCCUAGGCUGGCUCUGUGAAGCCCACACCGGCAGAGGAGGCCCCUCUGCGCCGCUGCGCUCCUGCUCAUGGAGGCCCGGGUGGUGGAGGAGCUGGAGCCGAUGGACGAGUCCCUGCCUCUGCCCACCCUGAGCCCCGCCGUGCCUCCCUACGUCACCCUGGGAUUGACGGUGGUCUACACGGUCUUCUACUCGCUCCUGUUCAUCUUCGUGUACGUGCAGCUGUGGCUGGUGCUGCGCUACCGACACAAGCGCCUCAGCUACCAGACGGUGUUCCUGUUCCUGUGCCUGCUGUGGUCGGCGCUGCGCACUGUGCUCUUCUCCUUCUACUUCAGGAACUUUGUCACGGCCAACACUCUCGGACCCUUCCCCUUCUGGCUGCUCUACUGCUUCCCUGUCUGCCUGCAGUUCUUCACCCUCAGCCUCAUGAACCUUUACUUUGCUCAGGUUGUUUUCAAGGCAAAGUCGAAAUAUUCACCCGAGCUUUUAAGAUACAGGCUGCCGCUGUACCUGCUCUUCCUGUUCAUCAGCCUGGUGUUUCUAGUGGUGAAUCUCGUGUGUGCCCUGCUGGUGAGGAUGUCCUCCACAGAGGCCCACACCAUCGUGCUCGUGAGGGUCGCAAUCAACGACACGCUCUUCGUCCUGUGCGCCAUCUCGCUCUCCCUGUGUCUUUACAAAAUCGCCAAGAUGUCGCUGGCCAACAUUUACCUUGAAUCCAAGGGGACGUCAGUGUGCCAGGUGACGGUCAUUGGCGCCAUCGUCAUCCUCCUGUACUCGUCCAGGGCCUGUUACAACCUGGUUGUCCUGGGACUCUCCAACAAGAGUAUCACCUCGUUCGACUACGACUGGUACAACGUUUCAGACCAGGCAGAUUUACAGUCCACUCUGGGCGACACUGGCUACAUCGUCUUCGGAGUGAUCUUGUUUGUGUGGGAGCUGCUCCCCACCUCCCUCGUCGUUUUCUUCUUCAGAGUUCGACAUCCUAACCUAGACAGGAGCGGCUCUGGGCUUCCUGGUCACGUCUUCUCCUCCAGGGCUUAUUUCUUCGAUAACCCUCGACGUUACGACAGCGAUGAUGAUCUGGCGUGGAGCGUCAUGCCUCAGAACAUCCAAGCCAGCCUGGCUGCGGACAGUUACGAGUGGGGGAGCCAAAGCAGCAGCAUCAGCGCCUACAUCGGAGGAGAUGAAAGUUACCACCUCCCUCCACCUCCAGAGGAGCUCAGCCAUUACUGACUGGAGUUCACAGCGACUCCUGACCUUUCUUUCUUUUUGUAUAUUUUUGCACAAUCUUAAUGACCGAGGCACAUGGGGCUGGACUUUGCCCUCGACUUCAUACUUUCAGUUUUUUAUUUUGUCUAGAGAAGAACUAACAGACUUAUAUGAAGGUCCACUGAUGGGGCGUUAAUUUUGCACACUCCUUAUACAAAGUCUGAUCUAAUUCUGACUGCUCUUUAACAUUUUACAUUGUAUAGUUUGUAUUGAAUACUGCUUAAUAUAUUUCCUGGCCUUUGUAAUAUGAAGUGUAUUACUAUUUUAUGUCUAUGAACAUGUUUUUUUUCAUACAGAUUGUUUAUAUAGAGAAGAUAUUCAUGUAAUUCAUAUUAAAAACAUUUAAAUGUGAAAAUGUACUUAACUGUUAACAUUUCUCCAGAAAUAAUGAUAAACAUUGUUCAUGUUUAAGAAUUAAUCAACAGAUUUCACUUUCCACGCACAUACAUUCUCAUCAACACACAUACUGUAUAUAAAUACAUAUAUAUAAAUAUUUUGUGCACACACACUAUUUUUAACUAUAACUACAAGCAUUAAUCGUAACGAUAGCUUUAACUGUGGUUCAGAGUUGGACAUAAGAAGCUCAAACCUUCUGACAAGGAACAUUCAUUAUAAGAAAAAGACGGUGAAUUUAUUUCUCAGGUCUCCGCAUUUUAUUGAUGAGUUGUUUUCAUUCUAAGAGCACUAAUCACAUUAUGUGCUAUGGACAUUCACAGCAGUUAAUACUUUAAAGUUUAGCAAGGAGCCGGUUGUUUGGUUACUAAACAGGAAGAUCCUCACUGUGUGUCUGCGUGUUUAGUGAUUGUCUAGGAAAAAGUCUGUAUACGUUUAAAACAUUUUUUAAAAUUUAAAUAUUAAAUCAAAGACUGAAAAUGACAAGUCUGGAAAAUCACUUGAAACUGUUUAUGCAAUAACCUCAUGGUUGAUAGUGUCAUUUAGCUUCUGAUCAAACUAUCCAGCUAAUUAUUGUAAGUAUGAUGAUCACACAUGUGUGUUCGUGAGAUAAUACUGGUUGUCUAACAAAUGUGUUUUUCUGAAUGUGAAGUAUCUCAUUUUCUCAAUUGAUUGUAUUUCUCC